AUGCCGCGCCCUGCCCCAAAACGAAGCCGCACGAAAGGCCAGCCAGUCAAAAAGGCGGAAGAACCAACGCGACAGAAUGACUCUGUAUCUCAGUCCCCCGCGCAACCUGAACGCGGCUCAGUCCUGGAUCCACGACAGACAUUGCGCAGCCAAACACCUUUGACCAAGAGUUAUGAACAGGCGAUUGAGUCUUCUCCCACCGGGGACCGAACAGGCACAGGUAGUCGACCUGGAACUGGCAGUCGCCCUCCUACAAGGUCGCGCGGUUAUUCCUCAACGCUAUCCUUCGCUGGGCGCAAAGGCGACACAAGCUCCCGAGUCCCCGGCACACCUGGCUUCGAAAGCUCCGUGCUGAGUAACUUCAGACGACGGCCGCGACAGCAGAGUAUCCUGCAGAUGAUGCAGGCUGAAGAUGGCUCUUCUGAAUUGGACGACGAUGACUUCCUUGGUGGGCUCAGUCCUGACGAUGAAUCUACGCCGCUCAACCUUCCCAGAGGAAAGUCAAUCCUGAUAAACCCCCCCGAAGACUCGCCAACACGAUUCGAAUCUCCACUUUCCUCGCCCGAGGGGUCGCGCAAGCGCAAGCGAACGACCCGAGAGAUACAGGUGCCUCAAUCGCCUAUGCAAUCACCUGUUAAUGUUGUCAAAGAUACACCAACCGCAACACCAAUCCAGCGUGGCGGCUCUUCGGCUCAUGAAGAUGAAGAAGCCGAGACCGAAGAACUUGAGCAAGAUGACGAUGAAGUCGACCGAGUCGAGGAUACGCAACACUCUCAACAAUACCCGGAAAUCUUCAGUCAGACUAUGCUUCCACCCACCAGUAGUCCCAUGCGAAGUCCUACUGGUUCCACUGCAGUAGCCGGUGAUUCUACGCCUACUGCGCCGCAGCCCAUCGCCAGAAAGAAGUCCAAGGCCCCUACCCAUCUAUCAACAGCGAGUCUACAAGACAAACUUCUACCUAGACGCCGUCGACGCAAGAACGAAGCUAGCAACGAAUUUGACGUCCCCAGUGACGAAAGUGAUGGCCAACAUGAUGCAGCAUCUGGCGACGAAGACGAACUGAGCUACCCAUCAAGGCGGCCCUCCAGGCGAAAGACAGACUCCAAAAAGCCCAAGGCACUAUCAAAUGCACAGCACAAAUCAAAACUUAACAAUCCAAAGCAAAAGCUAGCCAAAGUCAAAGCAGCUCCCAAGGCGCCUGCAACAUAUUCACGUUCUGGUGGCAGUGCUGGUGUCGAAAAGGAAAAUGAAGUGCUGGCUCUAUCUUCACCAUCCUCCUCGCCCUUGUCGUCACCGCCUGAGUCCGAUGUGUCUGAUAAUGAAUCUGCUGGAACCGAGCCAACACCUCGUUGCGUGAGUGAUGAGUUGCGCGCGGCAGUCAAGAAAUUUGCUGAAGUGGAUCAAUGGGAGAUGGAGUUUGAAGAUGUGUCUGCCUCUGAGACACUAGGCAGUCCAUCACGAUAG